AUGCAUUUUACAUCAGUCUCAAUGCAAAACUGUAAAUAUUUCACUUUGUUUACGGCAUUAUUCUCUUCAUUAUUCUUUCAAUCAAUAUUACAGCUGGUGUUUUAUGUUGAUGUCAAUGUCUAUUAUGUAACUGGUCAACUUGUAAAUACUCCUCAUGAAAUUAAUUAUCCGUUCAGUAAAUCACGCACAACAUUCUAUCAACCUUUAAUUAUUUCAUUUAAUUCAAAAUUGGAUUAUAGCAGUGAAUUUAAACGGAGGCAAACAAGAAGUACGUCAGUUAGAUCAUUAACUGCACUACAUAAAUGUCCACAAAGCACUUUAAAAGAAAAAAAUACAUUCCUAUGGAAAAUCUCCACUAAGCCAACUUCAUUCCUUUUUGGUACAUUACAUGUAGCUUAUACACAUGUUUGGUCACAGAUUGAUCCUGCAGUGAAAACAAGUUUUGCUCAAUCAGAUAUUGUCUAUUUUGAAUUAGAUUUAACUAAUCCUAUUACAUUAGCUGAAUUAAGUGAUUGUCAAGUGUUGCCUAAAAACCAAACAAUCACAAAUCUACUAAGACCAGAUUUAAUCAAACGUUUAGAUAGAUAUUUAAAUAAUCUUCGCCAUGUAAUUAGUGCAUGGAUUGAACCUGAAAAGAAAGUUUACGCAUCGUAUUUAUAUGAAACAUUAACAAAAGAUUGGAAAGAAAAGAAACCUAUAUGGCUUUUAUUGUUGUUAAAUAGUUUGACAAAGAAUGAAAUCUCUGAUCGUGGUGUACCUGUAUUGGAUUUAUUUCUAGCACAAGAAGCACAACGAUUAGGUAAACAAUAUGGUGCAGUGGAACAAGUCAAUGAUCAAUGUGAACCAUUAAAUCGAAUAAAUGUUCAUCAGGUAACGUUCGCGCUGGAAAUAACAUUGAAUAAUUUGGAAAAUGCUAAUCAUCUUAUAAAAAAUUUAACAAACACUUUUAAUAAUGUUGAUCAUACUGGUCAUGUCAGCCAUAGUAGCAGUAAGAAUAAAAAAUACACGAAGAAUACGAAAGUUUUAUUCAAUACAUGGAAUGAACAAAUAAGUGAUGCACUGAUCACAGAUCAAAAACACAAACCAACCGAACAAACAAAUGUAUUAAAUAGUCCAACAGAAGAAUUAAUUGAACAUUAUAAUUGCGGUGAUUUAAAUGCAGCAUUAACUAGAAUGUCUCUGACACAAUCUACAUCAUCAGAUUCAGAAUUAUUGUCAACUUCGUCAUCAGAUUAUAUUUCAAUAAAGAAUAAAACAAUAAAUACAACCCCUAUUAUAACUAUGAUUGAUAAAAACGCUACAAAGCAACAACAGAAAUUUCCUCACAAGGUAAAUAACAUUUCUAAACAACACAAUUAUCGUACUCAAUCAUCAUCAUCAUCAUCAUCACAAUCAACAUCAAGUUAUUUCAUUGACAAAGAAAUAGUAAAAUUAUUAAGUCCAGGUCAAAUUCAAAUGCUUAUUGAUUUGGAGAAAUAUUUAAAUGAAGAGCUCAUAGUUAGACGCAAUGAGCGAAUGGCACAAGAGAUAAUCAGUAAAUUAAAACUUGCUGAAUCAUCAAAUAAAUCAGCAUUUUUUGCACUAGGCGCAGCACAUUUUAUAGGAAGUGGAAAGACAAUUAUUGAUCAUCUACGCACGGCCGGCUACACUAUUGUUCCAGUCCCACAACAGAAUAUAAAGAGAACCAGUGAAAUUUCUGAAAAACCAUUAAAAUUUCAAAAAAUUCUGAAGAAGCAAAGAGAAUUGAAUGAUGGCGUAUUUCCUACAAAAGAACAAGAUGUUCCCGAAUUUCGACCGAAAUAUGUGAACUUUGAUAACUCGUGGAUUAAAAUUGAAGAUUUUAAACCAAGAACAUUGUUUAACUACAAAAACAUGAUAUCUACCUCUAGUAUGGUUAAACAAUCGGCCAAAUUAUUCGCACAAGAAACAAAUGUCAAGUAUUAUACGACUAAAACCGAACAACUUCAACAACUGGAAAACAAUGGCAAACAGAAUUCAAGGAGUAUGAAGGGUUUACGAAUUUUAGUUGGCGCUUCAAACAAACUCCAAAUUACACCAGCAAUGAGAAAAAAGGCAACCAUUAUCAUGAACCAAUGUAUAUUAUUCUAUAUAACAUAUAUCUUGAAAUAAU